GAUUUGAUGGAACGAGGUUCUAUUGUAAGCUUCUUGCCGCGACAUUUUGUACGGAAAGUCAAGUUCCUGUGAGAUAAAAUACGAUAUUUCCAAUGGUUUCUAAACUUAACGCAGUAUUUCGCCAUUUUAUAGGGUCUGAGAGACAUCAGUCCAGUACGGGGUCCAGAAAACGUCCCUCAGAAAGCCUCGAUAAUGUGAGUGAAGAUAUCCUGGAGACUCCUCAGCCAAAGAGGGCUAGAACUUCCAAUCACUCUGAUGACUUAAAUCGGUCCCGAGCAACCACUCCCCUUGUGAAAGUAGCCAAUUGGAUUCAUCGGAAGGCUUCUACUUUUGGAGAAACCUACUUCUUCCGUCCGUUGGAUAACCUGGUACAGAACAACUAUCCUUCACCAAUUCCAGGAGCAUCAGACAGAAAUAAUCAUCGGUCACAGGUCAUGAGUGAUACACCGGGUCCAUCAGUGAGAAGUAAAACCACAAAUCAACCUCCCAAAGUAAACUUCAAACAACCAGAUGGAAGACCUCACCAUAAGACAACAUCUAACCCAGGUCAUCAGCAGACCAAGCAAUCUUCUUCUCAUAACAAUGAACGGCAGCUAGAGAGAGAAAGCACUCAGAGGGCGGCAGGAACAAGAAUGGGACCAAAAGAACAACUCGCCAAUAAAAGCUCUGUAUCUCUCCCUGUGAAUUCAUCAAUGGGAGCCACUGGUGUCUCCAAGCAUGAUGGCUACACCCCUGUCAGAGAUAAACUAUUCCCACAUCCAAAGAGAAGAGUUGUUGUCUCUUACGCCUCUAGGGGGCGCUCCCAACACAUACCAACAAAAAGCCAAACAGUAAACGAGUGUGUAAGGUUGAAGGAAAGACAGCAAUACAAGCAGUUAUUAGAGCAGUUUACCAUGGGGCAUGGUAUGGGAUGUUUAGGACCCUCUCCCUCUGCUGAGGCCACUGUAGAUGAGAGCAAACCUGAACCUUCUGUGUCAAGACCGAGUGCAGCGGUCCCCGAAACCAGCAUAGCCAGCAGCCGUCUAGAAGCACCAACCAAUCAAAGGAGUGUUCAGGAGAGGGUGGGGCUUCGUGUUCUACCCCAUGAGUACUCCAGUCAACGUGAGGUGAGGGAGGCUGUCCGUCAGAGACUCCAUGCUCCUACCAGUAACCUGAGUCCAGUGAUGACUGAGGGAGAGAGAUCGGUUCCUCCUACUCCUGCUCAACCCGACUUUAAUGAGACCAGCCCACCACCUACCAUCAUAGCAACCACCAAGCCUGGAUUAAAUGCCUUUCAGAAGAGUUUGAUGUCAACACCCUACCUGUCUGAAGAUUGGGUACAUGAUCUGAAAGCUCGCUUUGAAUCCAGUGUGCGUGUUAGACAAAGAGAGAUUGAGGAAGAAAAGACAAAGCUACAAAGCUACGAAGAAAGGAGAGCAAAGGGACAAGCUGAAGCAAGGGAACUGAUAAAUCAAAGAAUAAAGAGAGCCUCUGGAUUGCCCGGUGCUGUGGAAGACAUCAUCUACCGACCAGAAGAAAAGGAACCGGAGGACGCAAUCACCUUGGUGGAUGAGGAGGUCGAAGAGGUCGACGAUGAGGAGCAGGAUGAUGGGAUGGAAGAGGAGGACGAGGAGGAACUACCGGAGCUGACUGAUGAGAUGGAAGCUGAGAUUAGCGGAGCUCUUAAUCCUAAUCCAUCAAGUGAGGGAUUAUCUAGUGCAUUCCGACUGACCAUUACAAGGAGAGACAUGCAGACCCUUGCUGGUCUAAACUGGCUCAAUGAUGAGAUCAUGAACUUUUAUUUUGAAAUGCUGAUGUCAAGGAGUAAAGGAGAGGACUACCCAAGUGUACAUUCUUUCAACACAUUCUUCUACCCCAAGCUGAUCAACUCUGGUUAUGCCAGCCUGCGUCGCUGGACCAAGAGAGUAGACGUUUUCACUAAAGAUCUUCUUCUAGUACCUGUCCAUCUAGGAAUGCAUUGGUGUCUAGCGGUUAUUGACUUCAGGAAUAAAACCAUUGUUUUCUAUGACUCCAUGGGUAGCCACAAUCAACAGUGUUUAGAUGCACUCAGAGAUUAUCUUGUAUCUGAGCAUGCAGAUAAGAAGAAGCAGGAGUAUAGUUUGGAUGGUUGGUCGUAUUACUCGGAGAAGGGGAUUCCCCAGCAGCUGAACGGGUCAGAUUGCGGUAUGUUUGCUUGUAAAUACGCUGAAUAUAUCUCCAGGGAUGCUCCUAUCACAUUCACACAGCAUGACAUGCCGUACUUCAGGAGGAGGAUGGUUUGGGAAAUACUGCACACGACCUUGUUGUGACCUUCACUGUAUGCAGACAUGAA